UUCUGGCCUAGGACCGCUGCAAGUUCAUCACAGACAUCUAUUCUGUCACAUGUGGGGGCCCUCCACCUCGUCGACUUUUCUGCCUGAUCUACGAAAUACUCCCGUACUGAAUGUGUGUUUAUUUAUCCGUGUAUACUCCUCAGGUAGUAGUUUUCUAGGGCUUCAUGUUCAGAUUCCUCAUUAUCUGAAUUCCUGCGCAUGAUAGCCCUGGCUACUCUCGAAUUAGUACCUUGGUGGCGGAGAUCGCUUGCUCAAGAAAGGAGCUUCUAAGCCAAGCCACUUAUUAAUGGAAUACAAACACACGCUAUCACCGCCUUUUUCUCAAACCAUCUCAUCGGACCUAGCUGGCGAAGACAAGGCGUGGGAUAUCGUCUUACCGGCAACAAGUCACGGACGAAGUCAUUGCAUCGCUCGAACCUCUGAUCACGAUGUGAGUUCGUUCGUGUUGGCCGAUUUGGAUGUCUCGCGCUUGAACGCGAUGCAUUCACAUCUGUGGUACGCGGGUCGGGCACGCUGCUGUCGAGCGCUGCAUCGACAGCGGAUGAUUGACCGACAGAUUGUGAUCACCGAACAGGCCGAUCUCCACAUGGUCUGGUAUGAGUCGCGGAUUUUCCUCAAACCCGUACCACGCUAUCUCCUGGACGACCAAUUCUGGGACCGCCACAUUCGGCACGAAACGCUCCACUCGGCUGCCUCGGGCUCCCUUCUUUCCUAUACGUGGUUGAUCAGUCAUCCGAGUGAUGUGCAAAUUGCACAUGAGCUGAAACUGAAUCCAGCCACGGUCAGUUGGCAAGCAUGGACGGUCUUCGUGGAAGAUCUCCUUUCCCACGUUGACUUCAAGGGCUAUGCCAAUGUCAACAAGCGCUAUCGCUAUGGCGAGCUUCGCCUGUUUCGCUUGAGCACCAUCUAUCGAUUGACCCACCUCUCCCUCGAGAGCCUCCUUGGAGGCUAUCUGUCCAUGUACGACCAGUAUGCCGUCUUCUUUAGAGAAAAACUCGCGUGGUCCCUCGUGGCGUUCUUAUGUGAGCACGUUGCUUGCCGCUUUCCAGCUCUGCUUGGCCACCGACUAAUUCUAAGGGAAUCAGAAUAUGCAGGACGCAUCUGUGGUUUUUGGUGUCUUCUCGAUUGUCUUACCCGCUGUGGCGGCAGGGCUGGCCUGUGUGGCUUUUGUGUUGAUAUACAUUCUGCAUUUCAUGCGAGCGGUCGAAUUUGGAAAGAGAUGGAGGGAUCCAUGAUCUUGAUAGAUAACCAAAACCUACUGUCUGUACUUUAG